AUGACGGAGGUUUUACAACCCGGCGCAGAAGUGUUUUCGGAGAAGAAAAAGAAGAAAGCCAAAGAAGGGGUAUCUUUGGGUACGUUUCAAAAGCUCGGAGAUUUUAAAAUCGAGCCCACAGAGAGUGUAACUAAGUUAGAUACAGCAUAUUGGCCAUUGUUAUUGAAGAACUUCGAUCGUCUCAAUGUGCGCACUAACCAUUACACGCCGCUGCCAUUCGGCCACUCGCCGCUGAAACGUCCGAUUGGUGAAUAUGUGAAGGCUGGCUUUAUUAACGUGGACAAACCAAGCAACCCAAGUUCCCACGAAGUCGUCUCAUGGAUUAAACGCAUUUUAAAGGUGGAAAAGACGGGUCAUUCCGGCACGCUAGAUCCCAAAGUGACAGGUUGUUUGAUCGUGUGCAUUGACCGCGCGACGAGGCUUGUGAAGUCACAACAGAACGCCGGCAAGGAGUACGUGGCUGUGUUCAGUUUGCAUUCAGCUGUGGAGAAUGUGCAAAAAGUCACACAAGGUUUGGAGAAGCUGCGGGGUGCUCUGUUCCAGCGGCCGCCUCUUAUCUCGGCGGUCAAGCGUCAGCUGCGUGUGCGAUCAGUAUAUGACAGUAAACUACUCGACUUCGACACGGAGCGCAACAUUGGUGUGUUCUGGGUGAGCUGCGAGGCUGGCUCCUACAUCCGUACCAUGUGUGUACACUUAGGACUCAUGCUUGGUGUAGGUGGACAGAUGAUUGAGCUCCGAAGAGUCCGUUCUGGCAUCCAAGGAGAACAGGAAGGCAUGGUGACUAUGCAUGACAUCUUAGACGCUCAAUGGGCAUAUGAAAACCACAAAGACGAGACAUACCUGCGUAGAGUCAUCAAACCGUUGGAAGGCUUACUAGUAGCACAUAAGAAAUUCAUUAAGGACAGUGCGGUCAAUGCAGUCUGUUAUGGAGCUAAAGUACUACUUCCUGGUAUUUUAAGGUACGAAGAUGGUAUCGAAAUUGACCAAGAAAUAGUUAUUGUAACUACUAAAGGUGAAGCGGUCGCGUUAGCUAUUGCUAUGAUGACCACUUCAACAAUGGCAUCCUGUGACCAUGGUGUAGCAGCUAAGCUGAAGAGAGUAAUCAUGGAAAGAGAUACAUAUCCUAGGAAAUGGGGCUUAGGACCGAAGGCAUCCCACAAAAAGCAGCUUAUAUCGCAAGGGAAAUUAGACAAAUUUGGCAAGCCCAAUGAGAAUACGCCAGCUGAGUGGUUAAAUAGUUACGUAGAUUAUAAGGUGAAGAAUGAGAAUGGUACCGUUGAGGCUGAGGCUGAGGUUGGUAGGAAGAGGACUGCUAGCACUGCGAAUGCUGAUGAUCCGAACAACUCAAUAGAAGUUAAGUCAGAGAAGAAAAAGAAGAAGAAGAAGAGGGACAGCGAGGCUGCUGAUGUUACAAUGGAGGAUGGCGCCGGCGAUGCCACCGUUGAGGCCGAAACAACGACAGAGGUCGACACGUCAUUACGCAAAGAAAAGAAAAAAAAGAAAAAGAAGGACCGAGACCAAGAAAAGGCAGAUGAAUAA